AUGUUCAGAUCAAUUCCAGUCUGCAACAAACACCUCUCUAAGAGAUGGGACGAACAUACAAUGCAAAUCCACUAUAACAAGCUUCGUAGAAUAAAAUCCGCAAUCGAUAAAAGCUGUCCUGUAACUUUUGGCCAAUUAAAGCACAAGCCUAAAAAAGAUCAACUAACAGAAGAGCGAUUCACCGAAAUUGAACGUGAAAAUCGGCUUUUACUUGAAAAAAUGUCCCACAUCAUGAAUACCCGAGGAAAUCGGUCUUUUUCCCAGACCCAUAAAAAAAGUUUAAAUCUCGCUGUGAGGAAACGUAAACUUGUUCAAAUCACUGAAGAAAACCAAGCUUUAUUAAAAAGACUCCAAGACAAACUUCCACAUUAUAACGUAAAUAAGUGAGAAGAAGAAAGACGAGAAUCAGAAAAAAGGCUUCAUUAUAUGUGCGAAUAUCCAUAUACAUUAGGAGGAAGAAGAUUAUAUAAGAAAAAUAAUUUAGAUCGAAAAAUCGUCAGCAUUGUCCCAAGAAGUCCUGCAAGUGGAAAAGGAAGGCUGUCACCAUUAGGCUCAAAAAUAGAUAUACUGAUUAAAAUUAUUUAUGAUAGGAAUAUUUAUAUAACGGGAAAUCGCUAUGCUCUAAUAAAUAAGUAUAAAAAUAUAUGCUUCAAAAAAAGAAUGAAUAUAGGUGGGAGGAAUUUUUUGAUAGAAGUCAGCAAAGGAAAAAGGUAAAAAAUAGACAGAAAAUUGAAAAUUUUGGUAUAUGAGGUUGAUACAACAGAUAGUUUUAGUCUUAUGCUAACAAAGGCAGAAUUUAAUGAUUUAUGUGGCGGAGAGGAUUAUGAAAAACUUGUAAAUAUGCUUGAAAUCGAAGAUGGAGAAUUGGUAUUAGUUGAUCCGCGAAGUGCUUCAUUUAAUAAAGAAAAUAACGAAAAAGAAGAUUCAUAAUGCUAAGACAAUCUUCAAUCAAGAUUCUUGCGGUCCUAGCUUUGAGUGAGCUCUAAAAGGUAGGUAAGGCCAACCUAAACGCCAAACUGUCCAUGUUUCCAAGUCUCUUAAGACUUCUCUACUCACACCAGCCUGAGUAUGGACCACUUCUCUUGAUGCCAAAGCCCUCAAGAAGCCAUAAACUUUCUUUCAGCUGUAGGAUCGUGGACUGUCAUUUUAAACAGCGAAGAUUCAUUAAUAAUCGAAAGCAAAUCUGAAUCAGUAACACCUUCUCAUAUAAUUGGUAAUGUAAAAGGAUCAUUCACACCUCAAGCUGGUGUGGAAAUCCAUAGUCGAAAACUUGACAUUGAAUUGUAUUCAAAAGAAGCUCAAGAAGAUUUGGAAAACCAAGAAGAAGUCCGCUUCAAUGAAAAAUCUUAA